AUGGCAGCCUCCUUCAGGUUGCUUGCGCGAAGAGCGCUAUGUCAUUCAACGCAAAUUGUUAACCCUGCUUACAGAAGUGGAAUAACAGGGUCGGGUUGUCGUGCUGAGGUUACGAUAUGUCGAUGCUACAGCGAUGGCUCAGAGGAAAAAAGCACCCAUUUCGGUUUCCAAACGGUACCCGAAGGGGAGAAAGCGGAGAGAGUGUACAAGGUUUUCGAAAGUGUAGCGAAGAAGUAUGACGUUAUGAACGACGCGAUGAGUCUGGGUAUCCACCGGCUGUGGAAGGACAUGCUUCUCCACAUCAUGAACCCGCAGCCGGGCACGCGCCUGCUUGACACAGCGGGUGGCACAGGUGACAUCUCUUUCCGGUUUCUGGAAUAUACUCGCUCCAUGCAAGAGCGGCAGCAGCGCAUGGCGGUGAAGUCCAACCAGACGCCCUCCUGGCAGGAUAUCGCCGACAGCUACGCGGCCGAGGACGCGGACACGGUGCUGCCAGAGACGCGAGCCGUGGUUUGUGACAUCAACAAAGAGAUGCUGAAAGUGGGGAAAGAACGGGCAGAGAGCCAAGGCUACAGUGCAGGUCUGUCCUGGGUCGUGGGAGACGCAGAGGAACUGCCUUUUGACGACGACCAGUUUGACAUUUACACCAUCGCAUUCGGGAUUCGUAACGUCACCCACAUCGAGCAAGCGCUUCAGGAGGCCUUGAGGGUUCUGAAGCCCGGUGGAAGGUUCAUGUGUCUGGAGUUCAGCAAAGUGUCGAACCCGCUCCUGUCAAAACUGUAUGAUGCCUACAGUUUCCAGGUGAUCCCAGUCCUAGGGGAAGUCAUUGCUGGAGACUGGAAGUCGUAUCAGUAUUUGGUUGAAAGCAUACGGCGCUUCCCAGACCAGGAAACCUUUAAAAACAUGAUUGAGGACGCUGGUUUUUUCCGAGUCCAGUACUUCAAUCUGACUGGUGGAGUCGUGGCCGUUCACUCAGGAUUCAAACUCUGACCUCAACAUUGACUUGCCCAGAACUGCCCUUUCUGCAGGUCCCAGAGAACAGCAUGAGCAGUUCUCCACAAGAGAGAGAGAAAAAGAAAAAAAGAAAGAGAGAGAGAGAGAG